GAUGGCGGCGAUGACCGUUCAGAAGCGAUCCUGGCUGAGAACCACGUGGACGGCACCACGGCGAUCCUGAGCGGAGCGGGAGGGAGGAAACCCAUGAAAACAGGCAUGAAGGAGCUGGCAGUUAUGAGGGAGAAAGUGAACGAGCAGCAGCGGCAAAUGGGCAAAGUCAGCAAGCCUCACCACAACCAUGAAGAUUCGAAGAAGUCGCGGAUGUCAACGGGCCGGACUCCUUGUCAGCAGGAGUUGGAUCAGGUCCUGGAGCGCAUCUCCACUAUGCGGCUGCCGGACGAGCGAGGCCCCCUGGAACACCUCUACUCCCUUCACAUCCCCAACUGUGACAAGCAUGGCUUGUACAAUCUCAAACAGUGCAAGAUGUCGGUGAACGGGCAGCGCGGCGAGUGCUGGUGCGUGGACCCCAUCCACGGGAAGGUGAUCCAAGGCGCCCCCACCAUCCGCGGGGACCCCGAGUGCCACCUCUUCUACACAGCCCACGAGCAGGAGGACCGGGGAGCACACGCCCUGCGGAGCCAGUAGCCGGGCGCGAUCCUGCUGGUGGGAGGCAGCUCGCCGCGGCCCCCGCGCCGGAUUUUACAUGGGUUUCAGCGUGGCUCUUCUGGCUCUGCACGAGACUGGGGUUGGCUCCCGCGUGCUG